ACUUCUGCCUGCGCCGCCGCUUACGCCCCUUCGUGCCCCUUCGUCCGCGAGGCCAACCUUGCAUAACGUAGGACGAGAAUGUCAAUAGGCAUCGCACGACCUUAGGUUUUUUGCUUUUUAGGCCGGAGGACCGCGCUGAAGCGCCACCGACCUCACCUCGCCGCUAUAAAGAAGUGCAACUGGAUGGAUCCGGAGCCACUGAUUACCCCGAUUUACCAAGCCAUAAACGACCCGCAGCAGCAGAUGACAGACAUAAAGACACCCCUUUCGGUAGAUGUAGCUGGCGCAAGGCUGGCGGUCGAAUGGGGAACUCAGAUGCGCCAGUGAGACGUAAUCCAUCCUCGCUCCCCGUCCACCUCACGUCGAAUGUGACGCCACGCAAGCGACGGGUGCGCGUUGCACUUCGGCCAGCUUAAAUAGCACGCAGUCCCCUUUACUGCCGGCACCAAGGGGUAUGGCAUUCAUCGAGCCGGCACAGCAGCCAUGUCCCCUACACCUUGGGCCCAGGCGGUCCAGACCAUCAACAAAGCCCUCGCCCCGGCUCCCCAGCAUCGGCUCUCCCAGAGCAACGAUGAUAACGCGGAGGAGACAGGCCUCUUCGAGGACCUGCAACGACUGAAGAUCGACGACUUCGACACCCUCAAAGAUGUCUUAGAGGCCUCUAUCAGUGGCGAAGAGGACGACAACGAGCUCCUCCUCGAGCGCAUCGUUACCUUCCUGGCCAGACUACCGCCUCGCUCCCGCCAAGGAAGACGGUUCACCGAGGCCUUUAUCAACCAGCUGUGGGAUGUGCUGGAGCACCCUCCACCCCAGCUGAGGUCGGAAGCCACCCGCUAUCGCUCGGCGGACGGUUCUUACAACAAUCCCACAGAUCCUUCUAUGGGCGCUGCGAACACACGCUACGCACGCACCGUCACCGCCAGGACCUUCCAGCUGCCGGACCUGCCGGAUCCGGCGCUCAUCUUCGACAGCCUCAUGGACAGGGGAGACGGGUCGUCGUUCCGGGAACAUCCGAACAAGAUAUCCAGCAUGCUCUUCUACCUCGCCACCAUCAUUACGCAUGAUAUCUUCCAGACCGAUUCGAAAGACCCGAAUUUCAACUUGACAUCGUCGUACCUCGACCUCUCGCCCCUGUACGGUAGGAACGCCGAAGAGCAGAGCGCGAUGCGAACGUUCGAGGAUGGCCUGCUUCAGCCGGAUUGCUUCUCGUCGAGGAGCUUAUACGGUUUCCCCCCAGGUCUGGGGGUGUUUCUGAUCAUGUUCAACCGGUUCCAUAACUACGUGGUGACCCAACUCGCAGAGAUCAACGAAGGGGGCCGUUUUACGAAGCCGCCUUCCCGUGACGCUGCCCACGCCACCGCGUGGGCCAAGUACGACGACGACCUCUUCCAGACCGGACGUCUCAUCACGUGUGGGCUGUACGUCAACAUCGUGCUGAAGGACUACGUCCGCACGAUCCUCAACCUGAACCGGACCGGGUCAACGUGGGGCCUCGACCCGCGCGUCCGCGAGACUAAGGACCUCUUCAACAGCUCCCCCGCGCCCCAGGCCACCGGCAACCAGGUGUCGGUCGAGUUCAACCUCAUCUACCGCUGGCACAGCGCCAUCUCGCAGCGCGACGCGGCCUGGACCGAGGAUGAGCUCCGCCGCGGGCUCAGGGAGGUCGCCGGCGACGACGCUGACCCCACGACCGCGCCCCUCGACGCCGUGCUGAGAGCCAUCCGCGCCCUCCGCGAGAACAUCCCCGAGGAGCCGAGGCAGCGCGUCUUCGCAGGCCUGGAGCGCGGCAGCGACGGCACCUACGACGACAACGCCCUGGUGCGGCUGCUGGCCGACUCGGUCGAGGACGUGGCGGGCGCGUUCGGCGCACACCAGGUGCCGCGGGCGCUGCGGGCGAUCGAGAUCCUAGGGAUACGGCAGGCGCGGGGGUGGCACGUGGCGACGCUCAACGAGUUGCGGCAGUACUUUGGGCUGCGGCGGCACGCCACUUUCGCCGACAUCAAUCCGGACCCGGUGGUGGCGGCGCGCCUCGCCGCCUUGUACGGCGCCCCCGACGCCGUCGAGCUCUACCCGGGCCUCGUCGCCGAGAAGGCCAAGCCCCCUAUGCCCGGCAGCGGCCUCUGCGUCAACGUCACUACUAGCCGCGCCAUCCUCUCCGACGCCGUCGCCCUCGUCCGCGGCGACCGCUUCUACACCGCCGACUACACGCCGACGAACUUGACUAACUGGGGGUACCGGGAAGCGGACUUCGACCUCGAGGUCAACCAGGGCCAGGUGAUAUACAAGCUGAUCCUGCGGGCGUUCCCGAACCACUUUGCCGAGAACAGCAUCUACGCCCAUUUCCCCUUCGUCAUACCCGCCGAGAAUAAGGCCAUCCACGACGCCCUCGGGACCUCUGAGUUGUAUUCAUGGACGAGACCCUCUAACGAGGCCGCCCCAACGGAUCCCACACAGCUCCUCAGCCUCCCCUCCCCCCUCCCCCAGAAUUGGACCCGCAUCUUCGACGAAUGCCUCUACGCGCCGCCGCGCUGGGACCGAGAGGUCGCGUCGUUCGUGGCGCGGACGACGUCGCGGCUGCUCGCGCGCGCCGCGCAGCCGGUCCCCGGGCUCGCCCCCACCUCCUCCCCCUCGCGAACCGCGACCACCACCACAGCCACCACCACCACCACCUACGAAGCCGACGUCCUCGCCGAUGUCACUGGCCCGCUCGCCGCGCGCCUCACCGCAGCCCUCCUCGCAUUGCCCCUCGACCCGUCCGGCGCCGACGACGCCGCGCUGUACGCGCAGCUCGCAGGCCUGGCCGCGCCGGCCUUCUUCGCGCCCGCCGCCAUGGACCCGGGGGCGGCGUUCCGCGCGCGGGUGCGGGCGCGCGCCCCCGCCGCGGAGCUGGCGCAGCACGUGCGGCACGAGGCCACGGCCGCGGCCGGCACGCGGGGGGGCUGGGUGGCGGGGCUCGUCGCGUGGCUGGGGCGGCGGCGGGACGCGAGAGAGGAGGAGCAGGAGGAGGAGGAGGAGGAACAGGAAGACGGCGCGCACGGCUCCGGCCCCGACGACGCGUGGCCGUCGCUGCCGCGGUACGGCCGCCGGAUGCUGGCGCGGCUGGCGGCGCGCGGCGUGCCGCCGGCCGAAGUCGCGGACGAGAUCGUGCUGAUCGGCGCCGACCUCGCCACCACCCUGUCGACGCGCCUGGCGCAGUGCCUGGACUACGCGCUCGAGCCGGCGGCGGGCACGCCGCGGCUGCCGGCGCUGCGGCGCCUCGCGCGGGCCGCGACGCCGGCCGCCGACGACGAGCUGGCGCGGCAGCUCCUCUCGCCCCUGCCCCCCGCGCAGGCCUCGCCUCCCUCUUCCUCCUUCGCCUCCGCGACCGACCCCGCCGCGCCGCUGCUCCGCGCCGCGCUCGUCGCCGCCUUCAAGGCCCUCGCGCUCGCCGGCGACGCGGGCCCGCGCCGCGCCCCCGGCCCGCGCGGCCGCUGCUCGCGCUGCGCGUGCGGCCCGUGGCGCGGCCAGGUCGGGCGGGAGGCUGACGGCCGCCUGACGGCCUACCUGACGCCCGACCACGGCGCCUUCGCGCCGGCGCCGGCGACCAUGCGCAUCCGGUGGGACGAGAGCGGCGGCGUUGCUGCUACUUGA